AUGUCUCAAGAAAGUGAGGCCCCUCCAUUUUCUCUCUUCUACCACCUUUUAAUGAGAGAAGACUUCUCUCUCAGUUCGUGUUGGAGCCAGGCCUCAUCCUGCUGUGCAGAGGCUCUGCUCAGGCGCAGUGGUUGGCACUCGGGCCUGGGCGGCCCAUGUCAAUGGCAUGAGGAUGUGGGCGCUGUGGCUGCACCCCUGGGUGACCACAAAUCCAGCCAGAGCCUUUUUGUGGUUGAGGAGAGGGCCCGCAGAGAUGCAGGGGGCAUGGUUGUCUGUUUGGACAGUGUAGCCUCUGGCUACGUGGAGAAUUCAAUUCGUCAUAAUCUGUCCCUACACAGCAAGUUCAUUCGUGUGCAGAAUGAAGGAACUGGAAAAAGUUCUUGGUGGAUGCUCAAUCCAGAGGGCGGCAAGAGCGGGAAAUCUCCCAGGAGAAGAGCCGCAUCCAUGGACAACAACAGUAAAUUUGCUAAGAGCCGAAGCCGAGCUGCCAAGAAGAAAGCAUCCCUCCAGUCUGGCCAGGAGGGUGCUGGGGACAGCCCUGGAUCACAGUUUUCCAAAUGGCCUGCAAGCCCUGGCUCUCAUAGCAACGACGACUUUGAUAACUGGAGUACAUUUCGCCCUCGAACUAGCUCAAAUGCUAGUACUAUUAGUGGGAGACUCUCACCCAUUAUGACCGAACAGGAUGAUCUUGGAGAAGGGGAUGUGCAUUCUAUGGUGUACCCGCCAUCUGCCGCAAAGAUGGCCUCUACUUUACCCAGUCUGUCUGAGAUAAGCAAUCCCGAAAACAUGGAAAAUCUUUUGGAUAAUCUCAACCUUCUCUCAUCACCAACAUCAUUAACUGUUUCGACCCAGUCCUCACCUGGCACCAUGAUGCAGCAGACACCAUGCUACUCGUUUGCACCACCAAACACCAGUUUGAAUUCACCCAGCCCAAACUACCAAAAAUAUACAUAUGGCCAAUCCAGCAUGAGCCCUUUACCCCAGAUGCCUAUGCAAACACUUCAGGACAAUAAGUCAAGUUACGGAGGGAUGAGUCAGUAUAACUGUGCACCUGGACUCUUGAAGGAGUUGCUGACUUCUGACUCUCCUCCCCACAAUGACAUUAUGACACCAGUUGAUCCUGGGGUAGCUCAACCCAACAGCCGGGUUCUGGGCCAGAACGUCAUGAUGGGCCCUAAUUCGGUCAUGUCAACCUAUGGCAGCCAGGCAUCUCAUAACAAAAUGAUGAAUCCCAGCUCCCAUACCCACCCUGGACACGCUCAGCAGACAUCUGCAGUUAACGGGCGUGCCCUGUCCCACACGGUAAGCACCAUGCCCCACACCUCGGGAAUGAACCGCCUGACCCAAGUGAAGACACCUGUACAAGUGCCUCUGCCCCACCCCAUGCAGAUGAGUGCCCUGGGGGGCGGCUACUCCGUGAGCAGCUGCAAUGGCUAUGGCAGAAUGGGCCUUCUCCACCAGGAGAAGCUCCCAAGUGACUUGGAUGGCAUGUUCAUUGAGCGCUUAGACUGUGACAUGGAAUCCAUCAUUCGGAAUGACCUCAUGGAUGGAGAUACAUUGGAUUUUAACUUUGACAAUGUGUUGCCCAACCAAAGCUUCCCGCACAGUGUCAAGACGACGACACAUAGCUGGGUGUCAGGCUGAGGAUUAGUGAGCAGGUUACACUUAAAAGUACUUCAGAUUGUCUGACAGCAGGAACUGAGAGAAGCAGUCCAAAGAUGUCCUUCACCAACUCCCUUUUAGUUUUCUUGGUU